AACAUACACAGACGAAUCCGAUCGCUCUAACGCUCUACACCAGUUUACAUACACCGGACCGGAUCACAUAGACCCUAGUGUAAUCGUUUAGGAUAUAUUUAUGGAAUACUAAAAGGAAAUAGAAGCAAUGACUUGUAUAUGGAACAGAACAAUUGCCGACCCCGGACCUACGUGUAGUGUUACUGAAAAAUGAGUGGAUUGGUGACAUUUCUGCAGGGAUGUUUUAUCAUUGUUUCCUGGUGCCAAGUUCUGGAGGGAUACCACACCUCUGACCAGAAAAAUCAUACAAGGCAGGAAAUACUCCGACAGCUGCUAGAUGUCGGUACAUAUGAUUCCAAAAUAUCUCCGGAAUAUGAGGAAGAUGUCCCCACAGCUGUGACCAUUCAGAUAUACGUAAUGAGCAUCGAUUCGCUGAAUGAAGCGUCCAUGGACUACACAGUGACAAUAUUCCUACGUCAGAAGUGGGUAGACACUCGCCUAGUGUACACCCCAGUACCGGGAAUGAAGAUGUUAGAACUGGACAAUCGCCUGAUAGACAAAGUCUGGGUACCAGACACAUUCUUCGCUAACGAAAAAUCAGCUAGCUUCCACUACGUCACUGUUCCGAAUAAACUAAUGCACCUUUACUCAAACGGAACAGUGUUUUAUAGUGUAAGGGUGACCAUGACAUUGUCCUGCGAUAUGAUGCUGUCGGCCUACCCUUUAGAUUCACAGAAAUGCCACAUCGCCAUAGAGAGUUACAGUUACACAACGGACAAUGUGGUGUUCCAGUGGCACCCCUUCCAGGCUAUAGAGAUGCAAACAGAUCGACUUCUUCCUCAAUUCUUCUUUUCUGAUAGACCAACGAUAAAUACCAACUGCCAAAAAAACUACGGCGAAAGUGGGAAUUUCUCCUGUUUGGAGGCCACGCUCCACCUCACCAGAAACACUGGUUAUUAUAUCGCACAGAUCUUCAUUCCAAGUAUCCUCAUUGUUAUGUUAUCCUGGGUAUCAUUCUGGGUGGAUGCCGAAGCUACACCGGCUCGAAUUUCACUGGGUGUCCUGACAGUACUCACCAUUACAACACAGGGUUCUGGAGCACGCUCUCAGCUUCCACGUGUCUCCUACAUCAAGGCAAUCGACGUCUGGAUGGCUACCUGUCUCAUGUUUGUAUUCGCCUCUCUCCUCGAAUUUGCUUACAUCAAUGUUCUGUCACGUAAACGUCGUACCAAACUGCUUCCGUCUUUAGGCCUCGGUCCCGAUGGGAUGUUAACCACACAGGUAAUGAACGGCAACAAUACAAAUGGUGUCAGGAGGAAGUCAAAUGAGGGACCGAUUACCUUUACAGAUAAAGCUCGAAUGGUAGAUAAGGUAUCCAGAGUGAUUUUCCCGUGUGCAUUUGCACUCUUUAAUGUUGCAUUUUGGUCAUACUACCUUUCAACAUCGGCAUAAACCUUCACACAAUAUCGGGAGAAAUGAAGACUGGAACCGUCACGUCACAUCGGGAGAAAUAUCAAUGUAUUAUUUAAAGGAAUUUACCGGAGUUAAGAAUUAAUUCAUGGACUUGUAUAAAACAUACCGCCCCUUGUUAAUAUGAGGGUAGUUCCCAUGGCUUUAUAAAGUGCUAUCUUUUACCGACAAUUCAUGCGUAAGAAAAUGGUUGUGAGGAUAUAUUGGUGUAUGUAUUACGACAUGUUCUAGUAUAACUAAUGUUAGUUUUCCAAGAAAGAUGUUUUUGCAUUGUUUAGAAAUUGUUAUUGUUUAAUUUUGAUGAAAUGCAUUUAAUUAAGUUAUUUCACAGGUACUCGUCUCGUCUGUCAAUACAAUAAAUAUAUGAUCAAGGUAAGGAACUCGCCUCGUCUGUCAAUACACCAAAUAUACUGUAUAAUCAGGGUUAGGA